CAUGAGUUCGUGUUUUUGCUGAAACAGUUCUUGGUUUUCGAUGCUGUCUUGUAUGUUCAGAUGUUCGUGGUUUCGGGCUCGGUGGAACGUCUACUGGUCUAGGUCAGUUUGUAUCGGUGUAUUCGAUUAGAUUUUUUGUUAUCGUAUUAUACGGUAUUGAUGAGACGACUGGGUUGAGGAAAAGAAAAGUGAGAUUUAACUGAAAUGGAGAUUAUUCCUAUCUUCUGUAUUACUUUGAUUUCAACUUUUCAAGUCAUUGAAGGAAAAUCGAAGCCUAUUAUUGCCAGCUUGAAUGCUAAAUGGAAGUUCACACCACUUGCUUUGGAAGCCAGUGAGUUUAUGGCAGAGGAGGGAGAACAUUAUUUUUGGAAGUUUGUUGAUGAGAUGGUGUCAACUGACUCAGAGAUUCAAGCUGAACUUACUCAAAGAAAAUUGUAUGAGUGGUCAAUCGAAGGAGCAAACAAUGUGCUUGGCACUACAGCAGAUUCACAAAGAAUCAAAUUAUUGAAAUUUGCACUUUCGUUGCGAACCUAUUCUCCAAAAAUUGAAAUGUUUAAUCAGCUUGCGCUCGAUGCCCCUGCUCCUACCUGCGAUGAGUUUUUUGAAGUAAGAGGUCAAGUAACAUGUUCUUGGACAGAAAUGAAAAAAGCAAUAGAAAAUAAAAAAGGAGAUUCUCCUAUUUUGUAUAAACAAGAUCAUAUUUAUCCAGGUUCCCAAGCCAGUUUCAAUGAUACUGUUAUCUUGUAUGCGAACUUCAUGUCGCUAACAAUGCCAGAUCUCCAUGAUAGACUUGCUAAAAUGGCUGAAAAACAUCAGAUACAAUACGUCCUUAGACAUUGGAUCCGAGCAAGACCAGAAGGCCCUGUGAAACUUUCAGGAUAUGGCGUUGAACUUGCUCUGAAAAAAACUGAAUAUAAAGCUGUGGAUGAUAGUGAAGUCAAGGAUGAUUCUGGCAAACCAGUUAAUGAAGAGGAACAAGAUGAAGAAAUUGAAGGUUUCGAUUUCAAGAAAUUACGAAAACUUCACCCUGACCUUUCACCUCAGCUGACUGACUUCCGUAAUCAUCUCCAAGAAUCGACCAAUGAAAUGAUGCCGAUGAAAGCAUGGCAACUACAGGAUUUAAGUUUUCAGGCUGCUGCUCGUGUCUUGUCAUCACCUCCUCAAGAACAACUUCAUGUGUUGAAAGACAUCAGUCAGAAUUUUCCAUUGAGAGCCAGAUCCCUUACUAAGCAGAAAGUGCCAGAUGAACUCAGACAGGAAAUACAGAAGAACCAGAAGCAUAGUUUUUCAAAUGGAGAGUUAAUGGAAAGUGGUCAUAUUUUACUCAUUAAUGGAAUUCCUUUUGAUUUGGAAACUACAGAUAUAUACACACUUUUUGACAUUCUUCGAUCAGAAAGCAAAAUCAUGGAUGGAUUGACAUAUUUUAAUAUCAAAGAACAACAGAUGAAAUCGUUCCUUUAUCUUGACAUAAAAUCAAAGACAGAUUCGCAUUAUUUAGACAUCAGAGAUCCAGCUGUUAUUUGGCUGAACGACAUUGAAAAAGAUAAGAAAUACAAACAUUGGCCAACGAAUCUUCAUGAAUUAUUACGUCCAGCGUUCCCUGGUACUCUACGCCGAUUGAAGAAGAAUUGGUGCCAUCUAGUGUUUGUUGUUGACCCAUUGAAUCCACAAAUGGAGCAUCUUAUAACAACAGCCGAAGCUUUGUGGGCAAAUGAUAUUCCCAUAAAAUUUGGUUUUGUUUUCAUUGUGAAUGAUGAAAAAGAAGUGGAUGGCCUAACAGAUGCUGGAGUUGGUCUCAUAAGAGCUUAUAAUUUUGCUAAGAGUGAACUUUCUGGAGAUGAAGCUUUCACAUUCUUAGCCGGAAUCUACAAAUCAUUGAAAGAUGAUAAAAAAUUGACAUCAGAUCAUAUUGUUGAGAAAAUGAAGAAGAAAUUUCCAGGAGAAGAUUUAGAAUUAAUACUUGGAGUGAAAUCCGAUUAUGAUGAAGAUAGAAGAUCAGGAAAGUCGUUUUAUAGAAGUUCUGGAUUAACUGGGGAUGUUAAUGUGUUAAUGAAUGGUGAAUUACUUUCAAGUUCCGAAUUAAAUGAAGAAAAUUUUGAAGAUAUUGUUAUAGAGAGAGUUUUUGAAGCAACUCGUUACUUACAACGUGCAAUAUACAUGGGUGAAGUCAGCGGUACAGCAAAUUUGUUGGAUUUUUUCAUGCAACGCCCAGAAGUUGUUCCCAGAUUCAAUGAUAUUAUUCUUAAAGAUGAGCCUAAGUUUAUUAAUUUUCAAGGAAAAGCAGUUGCAGAACCAGAAUACUGGGAUAAGAAGAAAUUCCGAGAUCUAUCUAAUACAGAGCAAACAGCAACAGUUACAAAAUAUUUAAAGAAAUCAUAUUUAGCUAAAUCAGAUAGCACUACGAUUAUUCGACCUGUGACGAUGUGGAUUGUAACUGAUGUGGAGACUAAACAUGGAAGACUGCUUGUGCAGAAUGCUUUGAAACAUAUUAAAUCUAGUGGCUUGUCUCGUGUUGGAAUCAUUUAUAAUCCAUCAAACAAAGAAAAUGGAGAUGGAUUUUUUGUAAGAGCAAUAGAAGCAACACUUGCCACUCAACAGAAUAAUAAUGCGAGGAAUUUUAUUCUAAAAAUUACAAAAGAAGAGAAUGCAGAGGCUUUGGCAUCGGGAACCAAGAAGUUGCCUGAUUUUUAUGUUGGUGGCAUGGAUGAAGAUAGAUUUGAUAAAUUGUUCCAACAAUCACCUAAAGUACUUCUGCCACAUAUUGCUUCACAAUCCAUAUUCUGUAAAAAUGUGUUGAAUUUGAAGAAAGGUGAAUCGGCUGUUGUUGCAAAUGGAAGAAUUAUUAGUCUCCCUGAUCCCGAGGUGGAAUUUGUGACAGCAGAUUUCAAGCUUUUAGAAACAGUAUUAUUAUCAUCAGCAACUCAAAUGAUUAAAGAGAAUUUAGAAAAGGAGGGUUUGACUAUGAGUGACACUGCUGAAGAUAGUGAUCUCAUAAUGAAGCUGACAUCGUUAUUGUCAACACAACCUCCUCUUGAAUCAGAACGUCGAUCAUUGCAAGUUGCAGGAUCUCAGCAUAGUGUUAUACAAAUGGAAUCGAGAGAUGAAUCUAUUCCAGCGUUUUCAAUUGUAGCUGUGUUGGACCCAGCUUCUGAGUCUGCUCAACAGAUCUCAGCUCUCAUAUCGGUCUUAUACGAUGUUAUAAACACUCAAGUGAAAAUCUACAUGAAUUGCCAGGAAAAAUUAUCAGAUAUGCCAGUUAAGAGAUUUUAUAGAUAUGUUCUGGAUACAGAACCUAAAUUUAAGAUGUCCAACUAUCUGUACGAUGGACCUCUUGCGAAAUUCUCAGAUAUGCCUCGAAAAACAUUAUUGACAAUGACGAUCUUUCCACCAGAAGGAUGGAUGGUAGCUGCAGUAAAAGCUGUAUAUGAUUUAGAUAAUAUCAAACUAGAAGAAGUGUCUUCAGCGUCAGUUACUGCUGAAUAUGAAUUGGAACAUUUGUUACUGGAAGGACAUUGCUCAGAUGUUAUGACAGGAAGUCGACCAGGUGGUCUCCAGUUCACACUUGGUACAAAAUCAAAUCCACUACUGGUUGAUACAAUUGUAAUGGCUAAUCUCGGAUACUUUCAACUUAAAGCAAAUCCUGGUGCCUGGUUCUUGAGAUUGAGAGAAGGAAAAUCACAAGAUAUUUAUGAUAUUACUGGGCAUUCAAGAACAGAUUCACCACCAGGAAAUAAUAACAUAACAGUUCUAAUGGACAGUUUCAAAAGUAGAGUUAUUAUGGUUAAGGUAUCAAAGAAACCUGAAAAACUUGAUGAAGACCUGCUUGAUGACGACAAAGAUAGUAAAAAAGAAGGAUCACCUGGAAUAUGGGAUUCAAUAGCAAACACGCUAACAGGUGGCACAACAGGAGGCGGAACUGCUUUCCAAGGAUCAGAAGAUGUUUUGAAUAUAUUUUCACUUGCAUCAGGACAUUUAUAUGAAAGGUUGAUGAGGAUUAUGAUUGUCAGUGUGUUAAGAACCACGAAAGCAAAAGUCAAAUUCUGGAUGUUGAAGAAUUAUCUAUCACCACAUUUCAAGAACUUCAUUCCCAAAAUGGCAGAAAAAUAUGGGUUCGAGUAUGAGCUUGUUCAAUAUAAAUGGCCAAACUGGUUGAAUCAACAAAAAGAAAAACAAAGAACGAUGUGGGGAUACAAGAUCCUCUUUCUUGAUGUGUUGUUCCCUCUUGAUGUUGACAAAAUAAUAUUCGUUGAUGCCGACCAAAUUGUUAGAGCUGAUCUCAGAGAACUCCGUGACCUUGAUUUAGAAGGAAAUCCAUAUGGAUAUACACCAUUUUGUGAUGACCGUAAGGAAAUGGAUGGUUUCAGGUUUUGGAAACAGGGAUAUUGGCGGCAACAUCUUGCUGGUAGAAAAUAUCAUAUUAGUGCAAUUUAUGUUGUCGACUUGAAGAAGUUCCGUAGAAUAGCAGCAGGUGAUAGGUUGAGAGGACAAUACCAAGGUCUAAGUCAAGAUCCAAACAGUCUUUCCAAUUUAGAUCAAGAUCUUCCUAAUAAUAUGAUUCAUCAGGUUGGAAUAAAAUCUCUACCACAAGAAUGGCUCUGGUGUGAAACAUGGUGUAGUGAUGCUUCAAAACCAGCUGCAAAAACUAUUGAUUUGUGUAAUAAUCCCAAAACAAAGGAGUCGAAACUGACUGCAGCUGUUCGAAUAGUUCCCGAGUGGACAGAAUAUGAUAAUGAGAUAAAAACUUUACAAAAAGAACUGGAAGAUACAAGUAAUCAAACAUCGGAAACUCAUAGCAGUGCAGGAAAUAAACAUAUUGAUAAAAAUGAUAAAAAGCAGCCAUCUAAAGAAGUUCAUGGUGAAUUAUGAUGAGAACUUGGUAUCAAAUAGAAAAUGUUUGCAUUAGGAAAUUCAACUAAAUUGAACAGUGGAUCCCUUCGAACUUCUACUUAUUCAGAGUGCAAUAACUUCAUCACACUCUCUCAAAUAUUCUACUGAUCAUGUUCCACCCAGAAUUUUUAUAUUUCAGCCUGAUAUAAUGUUUCAUUAAAAGAUGUUGAUGCUCUUUGUCAAAUUCGAAAACUAAUGAAAUUAGUUUUCAUUACAUUCCAUUGUUGUUGGAAACAGGGAAAAUUUAUAUUUCUAUCUUUGAUAGAUUUUUAUAUUUCGCCCCAGUAGAACCAAUUUAGCCUAUAUCACAUUCCUGAUGCGUAAUUAGUGAGUGCUCUAAACCCUUCAGAGUAAUAUCUGAUAUUCCUCACAAAACAUCUUACAAGUAUGAAACCUGAGAUGGCUAAAGCAACCCUCAUUUUGGACAUAACUACUUCAGUUUCAAAAUAUUCAUAGGUUACAAUACUGAAACAAUACGGGACAUAAUACUUAGAUAUCCACCUCAGAAUGUCCGAUAGUAUCACAAUUUCCCACCCAUUACAUGCCAAACUAUCAAAUCUAGAAAAACGUCUAUUAUUGAAAAAUGUGACAGAAGUUAGUUUGGUUUUUACGGCACAACCUGAAAUCGAAACCCAUAAUGACAGAAGAUCAAAAGGAGUUCAUUUCUCAGUAAUAUGAAAUAAGCUACUUUGCGGUUCGUUUGCAGCAGUUUUGUGCAUCGUCUGUUCAGUGCCAAAUCCUUCCCAUUGGAAAAAAGUGUGAAUUAAAUGAAUAUAGGAUCAUGCUGUAAUGAAAUUAGUAGACGUGAUAUGUAUGGGUAGUUUUUUUGCCUCCUCUAACACAAUUUUAGCUGAUAAAUAAUUGGUUUUCUGCUUCAAUCCUUUAACUGUUUUUUACAAUUUAAAGUCAGGAUAGCACCUUGAACCUCCAUACUGUUUAGCAAUUAGUUAUUGGUUAGUUUUACUGUUCUUUACUUUGAAACAAAUUAUCAGGCAGUAAUCCCUCGGAUAUAUAUACUUUCAUAUCAAGAUAGAUCUUGAAUUUUUACAUUCUUACAAAUGAUACCGGUAUGUAGAUAUUAGUUAAUUAUUUUCUGAUAGGAAAACAAAGUCAGUUACAAAAGUUCAAGAUGACUUUAUUUAUCUCUUUGAAAUGUGUCCAUUGGUACUAAUAUAUCUAUCUGCUGCUUAGUGUCAUUGCCUAAGAUGUCUCAGCUGGUUUU